GGCCCAGAGCGCCGCUCCGCCCCGGCUCGCUGGGGUGUGGGCUCCAGCUCCGGCUCUUCUGCGAUCCCUCUGCGGGGCUCCCCAGCGGCGGAGCUGGCCCGGGCUGCCAGGGAUGAUGGCUAACCCAGAAAGCCUCUUCUUUUCUGGGGGCGACCUGGACUCCAGCCAGUUACAGAUGGAGCCAGAUGAAGUGGAUACUCUGAGAGAGGGAGAGGACCCAGCUGACCGAAUGCAUCCCUUCCUGGCCAUCUAUGACCUUCAGCCUCUGAAAAUGCACCCCUUGGUGUUUGCUCCUGGGGUUCCUGUCACAGCCCAGGUGGUGGGCACUGAAAGAUAUACCAGUGGAUCCAAGGUGGGAACCUGCACUCUGUAUUCUGUCCGCUUGACUCAUGGUGACUUUACCUGGACAACCAAGAAGAAGUUUCGUCAUUUCCAGGAGCUACACCGGGACCUCUUGAGACACAAAGUCUUGAUGAGCCUGCUCCCUCUGGCUCGCUUUGCUGUUCCCUAUUCUCCGGCCCCAGAGGAAGCUGACAGAGAGAUGCCCUCUCUACCUCGAGCAGGUCCUGAGGGCUCCACCAGACAUGCAUCCAGCAAACAGAAAUACUUGGAGAAUUACCUCAACCGCCUCCUGACCAUGUCUUUCUACCGCAACUACCGUGCCAUGACAGAGUUCCUGGAAGUCAGUCAGCUGUCCUUUAUCCCAGACCUUGGAUCCAAAGGACUGGAAGGGGUGAUCCGGAAGCGCUCUGGUGGCCACCGUGUUCCUGGCCUUACCUGCUGUGGCCGAGACCAAGUUUGCUAUCGCUGGUCUAAGAGGUGGCUGGUGGUGAAGGACUCCUUCCUGCUGUACAUGUGCCUCGAGACCGGUGCCAUCUCCUUUGUUCAGCUCUUUGACCCUGGCUUUGAGGUGCAGGUGGGGAAAAGGAGCACAGAGACGCGGUACGGCGUCCGGAUCGACACCUCCCACAGGUCGCUGAUUCUCAAGUGCAGCAGCUACCGGCAGGCAAGGUGGUGGGGCCAGGAAAUCACUGAGUUGGCCCAGGGCCCAGGCAGAGAUUUCCUGCAGCUGCACCGGCAUGACAGCUAUGCCCCGCCCCGGCCUGGGACUUUGGCACGGUGGUUUGUGAAUGGGGCAGGUUACUUCGCUGCUGUGGCAGAUGCCAUCCUACGAGCUCAAGAGGAGAUUUUCAUCACAGACUGGUGGUUGAGUCCUGAGAUUUACCUGAAGCGUCCAGCUUAUUCAGAUGACUGGAGAUUGGACAUUAUGCUCAAAAGGAAGGCGGAGGAGGGUGUCCGUGUGUCUGUACUGCUGUUUAAGGAAGUGGAGUUGGCCUUGAGCAUCAACAGUGGCUAUAGCAAGAGGGCACUGAUGCUGCUGCACCCCAAUAUAAAGGUGAUGCGCCACCCAGACAAUGUGACACUGUGGGCCCAUCAUGAGAAGCUCCUGGUGGUGGACCAAGUAGUAGCCUUUGUGGGAGGGCUGGAUCUUGCCUAUGGCCGUUGGGAUGAUACGCACUACCGACUGACUGACCUUGGAGACUCCGCUGUUUCAGCUGCCCCAGAGCCUCCCACCCCGUGCUCAGACUCUCCAGCCGUCCCAGACCACCCUCACAGCCAGUUCUGGCUGGGCAAGGACUACAGCAAUCUUAACACUAAGGACUGGGUGCAGCUGGACCGGCCUUUUGAGGAUUUCAUUGACAGAAAGACCACACCCCGCAUGCCAUGGCGGGAUGUUGGGGUGGUUGUCCAUGGCCCACCUGCCCGGGACCUGGCCCGACACUUCAUCCAGCGCUGGAACUUUACCAAGACUACCAAGGCCAAGUACAAGACACCCAUGUACCCUUACCUGUUGCCCAAGUCCACCAGCACUGCAAACCAGCUCCCCUUCACACUCCCAGGGGGGCAGUGCACCACUGUGCAGGUCUUGCGGUCAGUGGACCGCUGGUCAGCAGGGACUUCGGAGAACUCCAUCCUCAAUGCCUACCUGCACACCAUCAGGGAGAGCCAGCACUUCCUCUACAUUGAGAAUCAGUUCUUCAUUAGCUGCUCAGAUGGACGGACAGUUCUGAACAAGGUGGGAGAUGAGAUUGUGGACAGAAUCCUGAAGGCCCACAAACAGGGGCAGUGCUUCCGAGUCUACGUGCUUCUGCCCCUGCUCCCAGGUUUUGAGGGUGACAUCUCCACAGGGGGUGGUAACUCAAUCCAAGCCAUUCUGCACUUCACCUACAGGACCCUGUGUCGUGGGGAACAUUCAAUUCUACAUCGCCUUAAAGCAGCCAUGGGUACAGUAUGGCGGGACUAUAUGUCUAUCUGUGGACUCCGUACCCACGGAGAGCUGUGUGAGCACCCAGUCUCAGAGCUCAUCUAUAUCCACAGCAAGAUGCUCAUUGCAGAUGACCGGACGGUCAUCAUCGGCUCUGCAAACAUCAACGACCGGAGCCUUCUGGGAAAGCGGGACAGUGAGCUGGCCGUGCUGAUUGAGGACACAGAGAUGGAGCCAUCCCUCAUGGAUGGCAUGGAAUAUCAGGCGGGCAGGUUUGCCUUGAGUUUGCGGAAACACUGCUUCAGCGUGGUUCUAGGGGCAGAUGCCCGGCCAGAUCUGGAUCUCCGAGACCCUGUCUGUGAUGACUUCUUUCAGUUGUGGCACGAUAUAGCUGAGAGCAAUGCUAAUAUCUAUGAGCAGAUCUUCCGCUGCCUGCCAUCCAAUGCCAUUCGUUCUCUGCGGGCACUCCGGGAAUAUGUGACUGUGGAGCCCCUAGCCAGGGUCAGCCCUCCCUUGGCCCGGUCUGAGCUCACCCAGGUCCAGGGCCAUCUGGUACACUUUCCCCUCAAGUUCCUGGAGGAUGAGUCUUUGUUGCCCCCGCUGGGUAGCAAGGAGGGCAUGAUACCCCUAGAAGUAUGGACAUAGCUGCACCUCCAGCCAGAAGAGGUCCCUAGCUGCUGGGCUCAAAGUCUGGCUCCCCGCCCCCUGACCUUGAGGACUGAGGGCAACGCCUUUUGAGACCUGUGGGAGGCAGCAUCUCUGAAGGGAAUGAGAGAAGUGACAGAGGACCCUUUCAUGAGAAGCAGCCAAAGAGGACACUCCCACCCCUGGGCUGGUGAGACAGGAGGGUGUCCCAGAGAAGUUCAUCCUCCCUGCUGCCCAAUUCAAACCACUGCUACAGAGGAGAAGCAAACCUCCUGCCAGGAAGCCUGGGGCAAGACUUCCCAUCCUUCCCUUCCUCUGCCCCAGGGCCUCUUCCAGCCUGUUGCUGCAAGGUGGAGGGAAGGAUGAAGCCCCCCCUGGCUUCAGCCCUCACAGAGAGGAGGGAUAGAGGGUGCACACUGAAUCCCUCCACCAACCUGCUGACAGACACUAACUUUAUAUCAGUUUAAUAAGCGUUUCAUAAAUAAAACAGUA